AUGACCACUCGGACUUCCAAAACGCAUCAUGGUUUCAAUGUUCCCGGUCCUAGCGGAGCUGUGCCCAUUCCUUCAUCCGGUAACGCGCAUCACACUUUGGUGUUGGAGCGCUCGGCAACGGUGGGCACACCAAAUAGUAGCACCAGUGGAAUCGGUAGUGCUAGCUCUUCCGUCUCCACCGCUCUGUCGUCGUCCAAUCGGGGACCAGGUGGUGAUGGAACUACCACCAGUAAUCAUACUAGUUAUACGCCCCAUGGAAAUGUGUCCACGUCACGUAGUGGGAUCCAGGAUUAUGCUUUCAAUCGUCUUGAUUUCGCCUACGGUUCUCUUAGAUGCAUCAAUAUGGCCGGAGUGAAUGCAGUCACUGGGGUCAAUGCUAGUCAAGCCGCCGGCGCCACGGGUUUCACCUUCUUCCGCUCGCUUACUGCGAAAAUUGGAAGACGUGGUCCGGUAAUCGGCGCGGCUGGUGGGAAUCCGAACUUGCCCGGUGUAGCUGAAGAUCCAAAUUCCACUCUCACAUAUGCCACAGAUAAUAGUCGAUCGCAAAUCUGUCAGGUGUCCACCUCUGGCACAAAUGCUUACACAUCCGGAGAGGGAAACUCAUCGGAGGUUUCGACUCCAUGUGGAAAUCCAGUGGAUAGUAUCGCCACAGGUCCCAGUCCUGGUGAUUCCCCGAUUUCUCAAGGCGGGUCGCGUCGACCGGCCUAUGAUGACGAAGAAGAUGAUGAACAAUGCAAACCACGAAGUCUGCGUUUUACAUGGUCCAUGCGGACCACAAGUCACCUACCGCCGAUUGAGAUAAUUCAUGAGAUUAAAAGGGUCCUCACGGAAAAUAAUUGUGUCUACGAAAAGCAGAAUAAAUACCUCCUAGUGUGCGAUUACGGGGAUCCAAGCACCGAUGCCAAUGUUCAAUGGGAAAUGGAAGUCUGCCGGUUACCCCGUCUGUCAAUGAAUGCAGUUCGUUUUAGGCGUAUAUCGGGUACUGCAGUUGCUUAUAAGAAUAUUGCCCAUAAGAUUGCAGAUCAGCUGAAGCUUUGA